UUCGACUUUCCUUUUCAUGGUUUACCUCAUAAGAAAUAACACGAUGUGUUUGAAAUGAGUGGCAGCGGGCAGUGGCAUCAGGUAGGCGCUGUGUCCAACUCGCAUCCACUCGGCUCAGCUCGACACACCCCGGCUUCGGCAUGGUGAUGUCAGCACACAAGAGGCCUGACGCAUGCGUCUUGCGCAUGGACCGAAGUAGAAGGUCUUGCUUGCAUCUUUACGACACAUAACGGGACUACUGUUGCGCGCAAAGCUACCGUCAAAUAGCUACAUGAUCCGCUUAAUCCAGAAGCCAUCUCUAUCCCUCAAGAAAAGAAGAUAACGUGUAGCCUGGACUCGGCGGGAGGAUACGAAAUUUCUGGGGGGAAAGAACGUUUGAAUAAAGUCGCCCGGGACUCUUUCCUGCUAAAAUCCGUCCCAUAGGGUUUUGUAGGGAUGAGGUUGCCAAAAUGCAGACGAUGCUCAGUGGAAGGAGAUGGGAAGAAGCUGGCUCCCCCCGUCAAAAAUCCAUUCGUGCAUGACUUGAGGUUCACACCGCUUCAAAAAGCCCAGAUAGCGGUGAUGACGGUGACACUGUUCCCUGUGCGUCUGCUGAUGGCUGCCUUCAUGAUGCUGCUGGCCUGGCCCUUCGCCUUCCUCGCCACCAUGGGCCGCUCCGAGACCGCCGUCGAACCACAGACAUUAUGGAGGAGGUUUGUGGACCUGGCUCUGCGAGUGAUCAUGCGGGUCAUGUGGUUCUCGGGCGGCUUCCACUGGAUGCGUGUGAAGGGGCGUCCGGCGUCCCCCAGCGAAGCCCCCAUCCUCACACUGGCCCCCCACUCCUCCUACUUCGACGCCAUCCCCGUCACCAACACCAUGGCCUCCAUCGUCAUGAAGAGGGAGAGCAAGGACAUCCCCCUCUGGGGCACCCUGAUCAAGUUCAUUCGCCCGGUCUUCGUGUCGCGCUCGGAUCAGGACUCCCGCAGGAAGACUGUGGAGGAGAUCAAACGGCGGGCCCAGUCUGGGGGAGAGUGGCCUCAGAUAAUGAUCUUUCCAGAGGGAACAUGUACCAAUAGGUCCUGCCUCAUCACCUUCAAGCCAGGAGCAUUCAUCCCAGCAGUGCCUGUCCAGCCAGUGGUCAUCAGAUACCCCAACAAACUGGAUUCGAUAACAUGGACAUGGCAGGGACCAGGAGCCUUUAAGAUCCUGUGGCUCACUCUGUGCCAGCUUCACAAUGACUUCGUCAUAGAGUACCUCCCUACGUACACACCAUCAGAGGAGGAAAAGAAGAACCCAGCACUCUUUGCCCAGAAUGUGCGGCGGAUCAUGGCCAAGGCUCUGGAUGUGCCCAUCACAGACUACACUCUGGAGGACUGCCAGCUGGCCAUGGCUGAGGGUCAACUGCGCCUGCCCCCCGAAACAUGCCUGCUGGAGUUUGCCCACCUCGUCAGGAGAAUGGGGCUGAAGCUGGAUAAGACAGGCCGUGCCCUGGAGGACUAUGGGACGCGGGCUCGAGAGCUCAAGAGGGUGGGGCUGGAGGAGUUUGCCAGCUUCCUGGAUGCUCCCGUCUCAGACCUGCUCCGAGACAUGUUCGACCUCUUUGAUGAGCAUUUGGAUGGCACUAUGGACAUCCGAGAGUUUGUCACUGCCCUGUCGGUGGUCUGCAGACCCACCAAGACACUGGACACCAUGAAGCUGGCCUUUAAGAUGUACGUGGAGGAGGUGGAGAGCAGCCUGGGUGAGCGGGAGCUGGCCUGUAUCGUGCAGACGGCCCUGGGCGUGGCUGAUCUAUCCGUGGCCUCCCUCUUCCGAGCUGUGGACGCGCACGGCAAAGGAAAAAUCACAUUCGAAUCAUUCCAGAGCUUUGUGGAGCUGCACCCGGACUUUGCCAACGAGUACCUGUUUGGCGAGAAGAGAGCGUUUUCCCGCAGCCCCGGCCAGAGCCCCUCUACCUCCCCCAUCACGACGCCCCCUGUCUCCAACGGCUUCUGCACGGACUUCAGUCCCCCCGACCACAAGAAGCUGAACUGAGGAGCUGGAUAAAACCCUCCAAGAUGUUCGUCCACCUAUACCCCCAUCACCAUCCAGCACCUCCAACCCCUCCUAGUUAAUCCCAUGUUGCUGCUCUCCCGGUGAAAGCAAGCACA